AUGUCGUACUCACUGUGUACCUCAUGUCUUUUAUUAUUAUUAAGUAUUUCGUCUCCAGGUCCAGUCCUCUGCUCCGAGGAUGAGACGACUCUGGUGAAAACUCUGUUCACUGGUUACAACAAGGUUGUUCGUCCCGUGAAUCACUUCAGUGAAGCCGUGGUCGUCACCGUGGGGCUGCAGCUAAUACAGCUCAUCAGUGUGGACGAAGUGAACCAGAUUGUGACCAGUAACGUUCGUCUCAAACAGCAAUGGUUAGAUGUGAACCUGAAGUGGAAUCCAGACGAUUACGGAGGCAUCAAAAAGAUCCGAGUACCUUCAACCGACAUAUGGAAACCGGACCUGGUGCUAUACAACAACGCUGACGGUGACUUCGCCAUCAUCCAUGAAACCAAAGUGCUGCUGGAGCACACAGGACUGAUAACGUGGAACCCACCGGCCAUCUUCAAGAGCUACUGUGAGAUCAUCGUCCUCCAUUUCCCCUUCGACCUGCAGAACUGCAGCAUGAAACUGGGAACCUGGACGUAUGAUGGACUGCUGGUCGCCAUCAACCCA